UUAAACGAUUGACGGCUCUAUUAAACGUUUAUCGUUAGCGGGUAAUACUGAAAAACACUGAGUAUAAUACGCAAUAUUAAUAGUAUACGCGUGUGUGUACAAUAUAUAGGCAGGUACAUCGGAUAAGUCGAUUUUUAUUAAUUUUUGGUCGUUCGACGUCUUAUAUUGUAAUAUUAUAAUACAUUGUCGCGAGCAGUGUUCGCCGCCGUACUAAGGAUUAAUAACAAUAUUUAACAAAACACGACAACACGAAAAUGACGAUGACGAUUGCGGCCGUACGGUGAACGUCGCCGUAGCCACUGUCCUGCACCCGAUUUCCGCGAACAUUAGGAACACGAUACAUCAUUAUAGUGCGUCCACGUCUGCAAAAACCGAUGAAAUUGGACGGACGACUCGGCGGGACGGCGUGCGACGGCGGCGGUGCUGUUUACGGGUCAUCGGCAGGUCUCGGCGACAACGGCGAUCGCCCGGAACGGCCACCUGCCUCCGCCGUCGCCACGGCCGCGGUGCAGGACGAGCGGGGCUUGUCGUCAUCGCCGCCGCCGCGGGAACAGUGCGAUUGCGACUCAAACGCCCGGAGACAGGCGAUGGCCACCUGCACGGCGACCGGUUCCGCGGCUGUGCCGAAGACGUCUGCAGUAGGUUCGUCGCUGUUCACCAUCGACAGUAUACUGGCCCCGUCGAGAUCGUCCGACGACUCGGCCGUCGCGGCAGCCUCGGCCCGCAACAACGUGACCGCGGCCACGGCAGCGGCCACCGGGUUUUUCAAACAGCCGCUGAGCUUUGGACACCUGGCAGCCGCAGCGGCCGCGUCCGGAUACGCGCACUCCACUGCCGCAAACUUCUUAGUUGCCGCGGCUGGUUACCAAAGCAUCUAUCCUAGUUACAUGAUGGCCAUGGCGGUGACGGGAGGCCACGGGACUGCCGGCGGUCAUCAUCACGGUCCCGCGUCCAUGUUCGCCGGCCCACCGGCCAAGAGAAAGAGAAGGCACCGGACAAUAUUCACCGAAGAACAGCUCGAACAGUUAGAAGCAACUUUCGAGAAGACACAUUACCCUGACGUGGUGCUCAGGGAGCAGUUGGCACUGAAAGUGGAUUUAAAAGAAGAACGAGUCGAGGUAUGGUUUAAAAAUCGUCGUGCAAAGUGGAGAAAGCAAAGACGUGAAGAACAAGAUAGACUGAGGAAAAUGCAACAUCAUCUAGUGGAACAGCCUGGAGUGUCUAAUGGACUAGCAGCUGCAGUAGCGGCAGCCGCGGCUAGGGGGAAUGAUCCCAUGCGGUUAGUUCAUCUGCACGUAGACGAAGAAGAACUCGAAGAAGAUCCCGAUUCUUCAGAUUUAGAAGUUGCUUGAGUAAAUUCUAUCGACUGAAUAAAUAAUUGUUUGAAUUUUUAUACAUUUCUUGAAGAGAUGGUUUAUUUUUAACCCAGAACGAUGCGUAUAUAUUUU